GCGCUCAUCCUGGUGGAAAAGCGGCUACAAUCUUUAAAAAGCUCGUUGCUUCCCUAAACAAUCAUACAUUCUUUGCUAGCACAAAGAGAAACCCAUCAGUGGUUCUCUGACCACUUCUGUCAGGCAAACACACAUGCAGAUGCAUGCACGUACUCUUUGAAGGCAUCUAUUUCUUCUGUAAUGUUUGCAGUGCUUGUGUUACUAAUUAGCAGACAGAUAUGUUAUAUUACGAAUGCUUCGAGGAUUCGAGAGGAUUAUCGUCCACAUAGCUGCGUGUGCUAAGAACAGAGUGAGAAUGUCACCGGUAGCCCUCUUAUUCGAUUUUCUGACACCCCCUUCAUGUUACAUCCCUGGCCUGUCUGUGCCAGGGACUAUUUACGGAUGAUGACACAAUAAAAUCAUAAGGUCAGUGUGAGGGCUCUGGAAUAUAACUACACACACAUAUAACAUCAGAAUGGCAUACCAGCUCAAUCUAUUAACCCCACACCUCUUUUAGUUUAGGCAAGUCGAUGUCUUGUUUACCUUUCUUCUCGUUCUUUGUUUGUCUUAUUAUCUCCAUCACUCUACUCUGACUUUUUCUAUCUCUCUCCUUCUGUCAGACGAGUCCUCGUCUGUCUCUGACCCACCACGUGUUUCUAUUCCUGUCACUGAGAUGAUGCGGAAUGGGGUUUGGGCACUUAUGGCAACAGACAGAAAUACGGUGCUGACUUUUAUUUACUUAGAGAAAAAUUCACAUGGGGGAAUUUACAGCAAACAACUCACCCUCAUCCUUAAUACUCCCAGAAUGACGGCAGGAAAAGGGCACUGCAAUGAGUGAGUAAAGUUGGAUGCUUCUGUUCUUUUCCCAUGUGACCCAAAAUGCCUUGCUGUUACCCCUCCUUCUGUUUGUACUUGGACUAGCAGCAUUCCUCUCCCAGGAAAACAGGGGGGAGGACCACAGGACGGUUGUCUGUCUUUGCCAGACUGAAGUGUUUGUGGGCCGUCCGCUGGCUGAAAAAGAGAUCCGUCCUAUUGGCAUGUUUAUCUGCAGCAGCUAUGGGCUUCACCAUCCCAGUAGCUACCCUUAUGAAGAGCAACACUUGCUUCACUCAAUAUGCGCCAGUCAAGGGGACUAUGAACUGCCUCUCGCUUCCCUUAUUUCCCUUCCUUUCUUUUCUUUGUUUUGACUUUCUCUUAAUCCUCUUAAUCUUCUCCAUUAGUAAUGAGUUACUUUCUUAUGCUCAGCAAGUCUCACGGCGAAGGGCUGCUCUCUCGAUACCAGAGCUUGCGGCAAGAUGGUCGAAUGUGCGACAUCAUUCUGGAAGCUGAAGGCAAGGAGUUCCCAGCUCACCGCACCUUGCUAGCUUGCUCCAGUGACUACUUUUGGUCACUAUUCCAGGAUCACACUUUAGAGUCCAGGGCUCGGAUUGUCAAUCUACCAGCCGUGUCCUCAACUGGCCUGGAGCUGGUGCUGGACUUUAUCUACACCUCAUGGAUCUCACUAUCUCCCUGCACAUUGGAGGACACACUGGAAGCUUCCUGCUACCUUCAGGUUACCCGUGCUUUGGAUCUCUGCACUGAGUACAUCUCAAACAGCCUCACUCUGGAUAACUGCUGCUUUUUUGCCAAUGUGGCUGCCCGUUACAGCCUCUCGGAUGCACUUACUGUCACUAGUCAUUUUAUUGCAAGACACAUGGCAGGACUCCUGGGUGCCAACGGGGACCGAUCUGGACUGCUAGAGUUAAACCUUGACUCCUUUCGAGAGGUGUUGGGAUCAGAUGAGAUACCAGGGGUAAAGGAGACAGCACUUCUACAGCUAGCUCUGGAAUGGUUGUCUUGCAACCCUUUACCUGCAUUGGAAAGUAACUCUUUACUCAGUCGUGUUCGAUUUGGCCUGGUGCCUCCAGAAGAUCUGACCCAUCUGAGUUCCCUCAACCCACCCCUACGCACGCCUUUCAUUCACAGCUUGGUACAGAAAGCCCUGCAUUACCACAUGCAGGUUCCUCUCCAGCCACUAAUCCAGAGUGUCCAUACAAGUUUAAGAGCUGCAACCAACACGGUACUCCUGGUGGGAGGAGGUGCUGAAGCAGACCGACCACAAACCCAAAUCCAGAGCUACAAUCAAGAGAGCAGGAAGUUCCACAUGUUGCCCAUUAACAUGGUGAAGAAGCUCCAGUAUCAAGGAGUUUGUGUGGUGGGAAACUUCCUCUUUGUGCUUGGAGGAGAGGUCGUAGAGGUGGACGGGGAGAGUGAGAAGACAGCAGUGAUGACUGUGUCUGACCAAGUAUGGCGCUAUGACCCUCGGUUUGAACACUGGGAGGAGAUGGAGCCCCUCUUACAAAAAAGGGCACAGUUCUCCUGCUGUGUGGUGGAGGGUGUAAUCUAUGCCAUAGGAGGACGAGGCCAGAGAGGAGAGCCCACCCUUUCCUCAGUGGAGAGAUUCAACAUGAAUACAGGGUGCUGGCGUAGUGGUGUGUCCUUGCCUCACGCUGUCCAUGGACAAGCUUGUGCCACAAUUGGCAGAGGUAUCUACAUUUCUGGUGGCGUCCAUGGCAGCCAGACUGAGAGUAGUAAGGAAGUGUUGUUUCAUAACACCUCUGAUGAUGAUGUCUGGGUAAGGCGCUCUGCUAUGUCUAUAGCCAGAUUUGGCCAUCAGAUGGCAGCCAUAAAGGAAAAACUCUAUGCCUUCUUAGGGAUGUAUGAACCAUUUUGUGAUAUCGAGUGCUACGACCCUCAACAAAAUCAGUGGACCCGACUGAAACCUCUUCUGCAAGACCGCUUCUGCUAUGGUUUGACAGUCACACUGGGUGGACGCAUAUUGAUGUUCGGAGGUAGAAAGUGGCAAGACGGACAGGAAGUGUGCAUUUGUGAUGUCCUGGAGUACGACCCUGAUUAUGACAGCUGGAGGAAAAUCUGUAAGCUGCCACAUGCAUUAUGUGGGACUCAAUGUGCUCAGAUGAGUCUCCAAGAAUUUAUAUAGACAUAGGAGCCCCCCCAAAAAAAAAAAACAACUAUGCGUUUCCACAGCCUGAGUAGAAAAGCAGAAGACUGUUCAGUCGGUGCAUGCUUGGUAGACUUGUGGAGGGUAAAUCUCACUGAUCUGUGCAGGCAGAAUGGAUUUUGACCUUCAGACUGGUGAAUCAGAAGAAUCUUGGCGCUGGAGGCAUUGUAUUAUAAGGGAUAAGCAAGGCAUGACAGCAACGGGAGGUCAUACUGACAGCACGAAAAAGACAAGAGUCCUGGGAGUUCUGGAGUUGUCAUAUUUCCAGAAAAUAACAUUGCAUGGAAAGAAACGGACGCAGAACUGAAGCAGGUGUAUGCAAAGCCUUAAACACAGACUGGAUAUUGGGCAAUGGACACAGAUAAGGCAGACAGAAAUGACGAUUUAUGCCAGAAAUGACACAGACAGAGAGCUUAGGUAGAUAAAAAGCAGGCAGAACAAAAGGAGCAGAAUCAAUACAUCGAUACGCGGAUAAAAUAGUAUUGAGAACAAGGUAUUUAAAAGCACUUUAAGUUAAUUAAAGGUCUCUGAGUGUGUGUGGGAUGAAAAUGAGACGGGGGAAAUAGAUUUAGUUCUCUCAAAUACAAAGCAUGGGUCAAAACUCAACAACUGCCUGGGCGUAGAGCGCUUUCCACUCUCUGUGAUGACUUACGUCAUUAAAAAUUCACCAGGAAAUGUUAGGUAUGAUAUGUUGCUUAUCUUGCAUGUGCAAUUAUUUGAGUCAUGUAUAAAAAGCAUCUUCCUAGAGCGAAAUUAUUCUUAAUGAAAGCCAUUCAGGGGUACACUAGGAAAGUGCCUGAAUAAACGCGUGGAGCGUGAGAUCGUC